AUGUCCGAAUACACUCUCUACACAUACUUCCGCUCCUCCUCCUCGGCCCGCCUUCGCAUAGCCCUCAACCAUAAGCAGAUCCCCCACACUCUCCACCCCGUCAACCUCCUCAAGAACGAACACCUCUCCGACGCCCAUCGCGCCCUCAACCCCUCCGCCACCGUGCCCCUCCUCGUCCGCGAGCAACCGGACGCUCCCUCUUCCACGCCCCUCCGCAUAACCCAGUCCCUCGCCGCCCUCGAGUACCUCGACGAAGCCCACCCCUCGGCCCCCCACCUCCUGCCCCGCGACGACGCCGACAGCAGGGCCGCCGCCCGCGCCCUGGCCGGCAUCAUCGCUAGCGACACCCAGCCCGUGACGAACCUGCGCAUCGUGCGCCGCGUGCGCCCCCCUGGGCGGCGAUGCGAGGCAUGGAUGCGCGAGCCCUUGGCCGACGGGUUCGCCGCCCUAUGA